GUCGAUUAAAUUGAUUUGAUAAACCCAGAGCCAUGUCUGGAAUUCAGCACGCAUCCAAUCAAAGCAUCAAGCCUUUUAAAUCCAGCGAGGAGUAUCUCUAUGCCAUGAAAGAAGACCUCGCGGAGUGGCUGGGAGAUUUAUACAACAUUAACAUUGAUGUAAACACUAUUCUGGAGAUGUUGGAGACAGGUGCGCUGCUGUGUGCUCACGCCAAUAAUGUGACCCGAGUGGCGGAUGACUUUCUGAAGAGGCUCGGGGCCACGGAGAUCCCGCUGCCGGCUUCUGGAGUCACUUUCGUAAGCUCUGCUCAUCCAGCAACAUUCCUGGCCCGGGACAAUGUGACGAAUUUUAUUAACUGGUGCCGAAAGGAAAUGGGCAUCCCAGAUGUGCUGAUGUUCGAGACCGAUGACCUUGUCCUGCGUAAGAAUGAGAAGAAUUUUGUGCUGUGCCUUCUUGAGGUGGCCAGACGGGCCUCUCGUUUUGGCAUGGCUUCCCCAGUCCUCAUUCAGCUGGAGCAGGAGAUAGAGGAGGAGAUUCGCGAGGAGAUGGAGGAAUCUGCUCAUCCCAAAUCACAGAGGAGCUUGAUAAACAUCCAGAACCUGGAUGAGAUGGUGCAGCUUCUGAUUAGCCGAUGCAGUUGCCCAUCUCAAUUCCCCAUGGUGAAGGUAUCGGAUGGGAAAUACAGGGUGGGAGACUCCAACACGCUCAUAUUUGUGCGGAUUUUGAGGAAUCAUGUUAUGGUGCGAGUGGGCGGCGGAUGGGACACCCUGGAGCACUAUCUAGACAAACAUGAUCCCUGCCGCUGCACUUCUCUCGUCCAUAAGUUGACAGCUCGUCCAGUUACUCCAGUCCACGAAAUCAAAGAGCGCUUAACCUCACCACGACCUGACGGCCAGUGUGCAUCUCAGACCACUCUCAUGCUGAGCCGAACUCAGUCUCCCCUACAGUCAGUUUUCUGGACCCCUUCAACAGCCUACAGAGGCCAGAAAGGAUGGCCUUCUCCUCCACGCUCCUCCUGUUCACCCGACCCUGAACAUCAGCCCACCCGCCGGAGAAACACCAGCUCCUCUCCUAACAAAUUAAGAGAGAGACCAGGUACCCCUCAUGUGUACACUUGUCCUGACAGUAAAGACAGUUUGAAGACAAACUCCAACAGUAGGAAAGGCAGAGAUGCAACACGGACCCCACCAGUACCUCGCCUCACGAGCAGUCUUCCACGGGCCACCCAUCAUCCUACCACACCCCAACUUGAGAUACAGCAUGCUCAAACUCCUCUUGUUUUUCAGAGAACCCUCAAUCAGGUCCAACCACAGCAAGUGCCUGAGAAAAAUCUGGGCCAAACCUGGACCAAAUCGCAGUUUGUUUCCAAACUGAGACAAAAUUCCACAGCUGGAGGUAAAGGACGAGAAAAUCAGGAUAGAGCAGACUCACAAGAAAGUCCCAGCAGGACUUUCCAAAAUAUACGUUCAUGUCCCAAACCUCCAAACAUCACAGUUGAGGAGGCAGAGGACAAUGGGGGUCCCAAAAACAGCAAUUUCACCCGCACCUUUUCUCCUUUUAAAGGGCUGAUAGGAGCGAUCUCAGAAGCACAAUUUAACAGACAUAGAACUCAAGCUAAGAUCCCACAAGAAGAGUCCUCGGAAAAAGCAAAAAAUAUUCUAAAUGUAAAUAAGAGAGGACAAGUUGAACAAGAAGCUGAUAGAUCGUUGAGCAAAAAGGUACAGCACUUGGUCCUACCAGUGCGGUCUAACCUCAUCAGCUCAAGUAAAUCUUCCCAAAGCCUGCUUGAUCCUCAAAAGUCUAAAGCAAAUUUAGGAGGUGAAGAUAGAGGAACUGAGAGAAGUUAUCUCUUCACUCCUCCUCCUCUUAGUCCUGCUCAGGAAGCAGUCCUCUACAAGAGCCUAGAGGAGGAGAUCUUGACCAAUCUACAGCAGCUAAGCAUCGACUCGGAAACCACCACUAGCUCUGAUGAGAAGCAUCAUGAUGAGACUCCUAUGACUUCAGGAAAGAUCCCAUUUGACCACUGUAAAGCUUCCAACAGAUCAGCAAGUCUUGAUCGAGCAACUCCCUACCGUGGAAACAGGGCUUUUGAUGCAGUCAUUGCUGAACUUUCUGGAGGCCAAAGGAAUUUAGAGAAGGUGUCAGUUGAGAAAUGGGUGAACACUCUUCCUAAGGGUAUCAAAGGCAAGAUCGAGGAUAGUCAAGGUACCACACAUCACCUAAAGGUCUCUAAACCCUGUAUGACCAGUUCUUGGUCUUCAUUGGGAUCUAGUAUGGAUUCAAAGGAGACUGCUGAAAUUGUAAUGGUGCAAGCCAACAACUUAAACCGUGGGACUAAAAUUCCCAUUGGCAGAGUGUCUUGUUUAGGUAAUGAACAUGUGAAGAAGCAGAGAAGCUCUUCGUUCAAACAAAGAAGAUCCUUAAGGAAGCCAGAGAGAGUGCCGUCCAUCUUUAAGCUGAAACUAAGACCCUGUGUUCGACCAAGACGUGACCUCAGAUCUGACCAGAAGCCUUCAAAGAUCCCGAAACCGGUUUUCUACAAAAAAACGAGCUGCAGAGAUGGCGGCUCUCACAACCUGAGAAGAAACAAUUCCCCACAUGGGUCUUUCAGGGCAGACAGCUCUCAAGGAAACACUUGGAUUAAAUCAGAAUCUCAAGUCCCAAUAAUGAGGAAUGUGAAGUGCCAAGGAUCAAGCAAGGAGCUUCCUGCAGAACCCUGGGUCCUCGAAUCCUGGGUUUAAUUGACAACUCAGAAUUGAAGGCUUGCAAUUUUGGAGUUUUGACUGCCAAUUCAGAUAAGCCAUAUGUUGAUCAGGGACUAGAAGAUUUCAAGUCUUCAAGAUCUACCUUUACAGCAACUUCAUCAUAGAUUAAAGUUGUCUUAGACUAUUUGGUGAUUUGUUAAUUGUUCACAUAUGAAUUGUUGUAAUGUACAUGGAGAGUUUAAGCAAUGAAAACGAAGCACUGGCCAAUAUAUUGUGGUUAUAUACAACCUUCACACAUUUAUUGUUUAAAAACCUCUCUGGCAGCUAUAGUCAUAAUGUCAUAGCAAAGGAGCCAUGUUGUUUCUGACACAUAUGUAGAGGGGUUUUGUUGUUUUGAAUUAUUCUUUGUAGUCCAACUAAUGAUCAUGUAGAUGUAAGCUAUAUACACUAUGUUUCAAAGACUUCAAAGAUUUAAGUA